CAGAAACUUUCUGCUGUCUUUUGGAGGACAUCUUAGUGACUUGGUGUGCUUUCACACGGAAGAAGUCUGUCUGCAGGUGUAACCCUAGAGCCAUAAGGAUACCUCCUUUCUUCAUCCCCUUCAUGUCUUCUAUUGCCCCAAAGUAAUCCGCAGAUUGCCUUUUAGUAGGGCUUCCCUUCUAUGAGAUCGUUCUAAUUUGUUGCAGCAACUGGCCUAAAAAUGAGGCGGAGCAGUAGCUUCUAACUGUUCCCUGUAACCUGUUGUGUUACCUGAGUUUGCAGCCUCUAGCUGGAAUCCCUGGGAGGGAACCACCCUUUUCAGCAGCAGCUGUUAGACUGGCUUAGCUUAAACUUUCAAAUGCAGCUCCCUCUUGAGCUGGGGGCUACCGCACCUCAAUGCGUAGCGUGCGCUUGCGCAGGGCAUGCCUCGACUUUGUGCUUCAGCCUGGUUGAGCGAUGGAUGGGCUUCUUGCCAGAAACCGUCAUGGAUGAAAGUCUCUUCUCACAGGCUGAUUAUUAGGUAGAUGAGAUCAGUCUGGUGAUUCAAGCAAAACAUCUGUUUCUCCAAAAAGCUGUUCUUGCUUGUAGCGUCCAGCCAAAACUCCUUCUCUUGCACCAAGCCAACAACCAGACAAACCACUCUUGUCACUGCGGUAUACAUCCCUGAUCGAGGCAGCUUUUUUGUGGACACAAAGUAGAGAGAAAAUUUGACCCCUAUGCCUGUUAUUGAGCAACACUGCAGGAUAUCUUACAUUCAAUCCGUUCUGAAAGUUAAUGUGAGGGAAAACUAAACCUCUAGAUGCUGUUUGAUUUCUCCACAGCUUAAUAAAAUGUGUUCAGCCUGAGUGACUGGAGUGAACCAUAUCCAUCUCUUGCCUCCGCUAUCCUGAAUGGCCAAGCCUGUAAAGAAGGGUUUUUUCUACCUCCUCUGAGUGGAACUGUGUGGUUUUUUCAUUGUGAAUAAAGCUUUAUUUCCUUUUCAGCUGCCAACUCUGGGAUCUCAAAUGCCCUGCUAAUUGAAUAGUCAUUUGAAGGCAACAGUAUUUCCAAGGGGUUUUAAUGUGCAUCGUGCAUCUAUUAUGCUGUUUUCAGUGGUUGGUCUUGUCAAGUGCACCUUACUUUUACCUUGCUUUGUCACUCUCCCAAAUGAUAGGGUGGAGAAACAAAAGCAUGAACUAACUUUAUCUAGAAAUACCAGUGCAUCUCUGUUUUAUAACUAAGAAAUUAUCCACUCUAGAGCCACUUCCCUAAGGAGCAGGGCACAGGUGUGAGUGCAGUGCUUAGCCCUGUCUUGUGGGAGAUGUUUCCUCUGAGUAAAGGCAAUACCGCACACAUUGCUGUGUUGCAAUACAUAUAUACCCUGGGGUGUGUUGUGGCAGAGCGUGUAUGCCUUACUACCUGAUAAGAGCAGAUCCCAGGUACCUGCAGCAGCUGUAUAAUAGCUCUCCUUGAAGCUGUUCUAAUGGGAUAAUGGUAAAAUAAGCCAUGAAACCAAGCCCUAUGUACAUCUGUGUCUCUGCACAGCUGUGGCUUCCUCAUUUUGAUGGGCUGGAAUUCUAGCCCAGAGGUGGGGCGCAAUGUUGUUCUGAGCUAGCUGGAGAGGUGGUUGAUAAAUGUAUGAUUGCUGUUCUGUCUUUGGCCCAUUGAAAAGCAAUUGUCCCAUCUUAGGACCUGCCUAGUGUAGAGGACUCCUUACUACAACCUUCCAGUGGUAUAUAUGCUGGUGAGUGAAUGGAUGGUUUUCUAGUGAAGGUAUUGGAUGGAAGCUCAGAAGAUGCUUUUUCCAGACUCUUGCUAGACCUGUUCAGUUUAUACGUUGUCACAGACACUUUCCCUCUUGAUAAUUUAUAGAGGGAGAGUGGUGUAUUGCUAUCACAGGGUUUGAAGAGAUAACAGUCAAUGUUUGAGACAGAGAGGGAGGCUAGCUAUAGCACACAUACCACAGAAGAAUGUCUUGAGAGGAGAACAACUUGUAGAUGGUUGGCUGAGACAAUUUUUCAUUAGCCGUAUAAGUACCAGAGUACUUGACCACAAUAAUGCAGGCCUUGGUGAGAGACAGGGUCUCUUGUAUCCUGAUGUGGUGGGAGCUGAAGGCCAGUGCUCCAGACAGAACAGCCCAAUGACAGCAGCUCCCCCCUUCAGGAAGCUGUGGCCUCUGCUAAGACCUUGUGAGUGUGCUUAAUUGGGGAAUGACAAAAUACAUCUGCUACCCUGCACCUGAAAGAUUCCUGGUCUCUGGCCUUCUAUAUUCAGUAAGUUUUAGAUUAGAAACUCCCUCUUUGCUCUCCUGUAAAAAACUGCUGUGAGCUGAUCUGUAGGUGCAGCAGUUUUGCAUACAGCAUAAUCCUUGGAGCAUAAGGCACUACCCAACACAUGUGGGAGGAGUGGAGAUAUCUUGUCUGGAUUGUGAUUCUGCUAGGCCAGCUCCCCAGAUGCUACAAAAAGGCCUGGUCAUGAGAGAUCACGUAGGAAAGCAGGCUGUGAAAGUGCACAAAAGCAAUAGCAGGUGUGAGAAAGCUCUUCAGCAACAGAAGAAAAUUGCUGGGAGGAGGCAGUGGUCUAGAUUUGUGUAGUGCGAUAUAAAGCGCUUGAACAAGUAUUGUCUUUUUUUGCAGGUAAUUGCCCUCGUGAUGGAUUCCUUCACAGAUAUCGAUAUCUUUGGUGAGCUCCAGGAUGCCUAUAACAAUCGUAAAGUCCCAGUCUAUAUCCUUCUUGACCAGGACUUCCUGCCCCAUUUCUUGGAAAUGUGCAAGAAUUUAGGAGUAUGUCCUGAGCAGGAAAGUCUGCUGAGAGUUCGAACACUCACUGGGAACACAUACUACAUGAGGUCAGGUGUCAAAAUUAUUGGGAAAGUCCAUGAGAAGUUCAUGUUAAUUGAUGGCAUCAGAGUGACAACAGGCUCCUACAGUUUCACAUGGACUGAUGGGAAACUGAACAGCAGUAACUUGUUGCUACUGUCAGGUCAAGUGGUUGAACAUUUUGAUCUUCAGUUCAGGAUUCUUUAUGCCCAGUCAAAGCCGAUCAGCCCUAAAUGGCCAUCGAGCUGCAGGAGCAGUGGAAUAUUUGAUCACCUGGUGAACAAAACAGAGCUGACUAAAGAGUACACUAUGGAAAGCAAUCUGAGAGCAGAAUUUGCCAGAUUGUCUAGUACUCCGAAGAAACUGUUGAAAGAAAUAGAUCUGGAUGAAGGUACUCCUGGAGGCAAAGCUUGUAACCUGGGCUCUUCUUGCAUUGCUGAGGAGGAGUGGUUCAGCGAUCGAGAGGCCACCGUGGAAAGGAAGAGUGCAUCAACUCAAACUGGUCCCUGGGAAGAAAAGCCUGUGACUGUGUGUGAUGCUGUCACACAGACCAAUGUUGCAACAGUGGAAACCGGCAUUCAAACUUCUGUUGCUGCUAGAAUAACGGGCACGCAAACCUCAGUUCUGCUGAAGACUGCAGUAACGCAGACAAAGGAAGGUGAGUGUGCAGAAACGCCCCCGAUUCAAAGACAGCAAUCAAAAGAAGGAUCUUCUGCAUCUGGAGAAUCCAUAUCAAAUUCCAGUCUGCGAUCACUGUCUUCAUCAUCAUCCCAGUGCUCUCUAGCAAGCUCUACCAGCUCACUGUCUUCUCUUCGGUCCAUUGAGUAUUCAACCAGUCACAGGGCAGAGUAUUUCCAAAAACUGCAUAAAGAGAGGCAAUUUCACUACUCUACUAUCAGAUCAAAGCUUAGCCACAUGGUGAAUAUCCUAUCCCGGAGGGGACGUGUGCCUGAAAACUACAUGAGCCAAUACAGUGAAAGAUGCACCCUCAAACAGAGGCGUGACAUCAGUGCCAGCCUGCGUAGCCUCCGAGAUGUUUCACUCUUCUCUCUGAAUAAAUGACAAUUGCUCAGCUGUAUGUGGAGCACAAAAACUCUGCUCUCCUUAGUGCGGUCACUUUAUAUCUGCUGCUGCUUAAUUCUUCCAGUACUUCUUACUGUUGUUAAUACACGUGCAAGAGUAUCACUUUCCAGCACUUUUGUUUUAUACUAUGCAAUUUGAGCACUAAAAAACCUGUUAUCUGUACUUGUGCUUACAUGUUCCUCUUGUAUGCGUUAGUGGUAGACAUUAAUUUUAAUUCUGGAUGUUUAACCUGAAAAGUAAACUUAUUAAAGCCAGAGCAUUAGCAAUCCUACAAAGCAUUAAGUUAUCUAAACCUGGAAAAAUCUGAGUCAGCUUGAUCUUGCUCAGAGUGGCUUUGGAGACUUACUUUAUAUCAAUGCAUACUCAUUUUUUUCUUUUUAUUACUGGGUUUUAUUUCUACUUUAUCUUCAGCAUGAGGGGAAAUAACCUUACUAAAAAUUCGCCAAGCCAAUUUUGUUCUAAAUCUGAUUUCAGAGAGAAAUUAUGUUACUCUUCCAUUAAAGUGAAGGCUCUGUUGGAACAAUCGAAGGCUCUUAUGCCCAGCUAUAUCCUUUUUCCAUCAUUUAAGCAUUCUGAAAUGGACUGAAUAGUAUUGAGCUAACCCACUCUUCAGUGUAACCAUCCUCCUAUGCUUUUGUGCAUGUAUACGUGUGUGUGUGCGUGCAACUGUGUGAAUACACACACACAGAGGAGCAGCUUUGGAAACAAAUACCAAGACAUAGCACCUUAGCACUCCAAGACAGCCGUACCUAUUUUGGGAAAACAGUCAUGAUUUGAUAUGUUUCUAGGGUUCAGGCCAAAAAGCUGUAUGCACUGUAUCUGUAAGAAUGUUAAUGGAGAAGAUAUUGCUGCAAUGUGUUUUUUUUUUUUCUUGUGAGUGGGAGAGGAGGGGGUGAUACUUGAAGUUCAGUGUUUGAAGGGUGGCGUGUCUUGCUGCAGCAUAUCCUUUGUACUUUUGAGAUUACUUCAGAGAAGUUGAUUUUGUGCAUCUUAUUACACAGUAGUAAAACUUUCAGUCUCAGCUCCUUAAAUUGGCUUCCAAUGCUGGCAAAGUCUGGGAGUGUCUAAAUUAUUUUUCUUCCAGUGAGAGACCUGUAAAGUCUUCCUCCUUUGGAGUGAACUUGGGAGCAAGACAAUCACUAAGGACAGAUGACAGCUACUGCUAAAGAGCAAACUGACAAAUGCACCACUAAAAUGCUAUGGGUUAUCUAUUUGAUAAUAUUUCCAUAUAAGUAAUUCUAAAGAGAAAAAUGGUUUUUUCACUCUUAAAACUGAAGUAUUUCUGUAUUUCCUGCUCUGUAUGUCCUUUAUGCACUAACACCUUGAGAGAAACUUCAAAAAACAAGUGCAUGGAUGGUUUGAGGGACCUAUGUGCCCUCCAGUCUUUGACAAUACCCUCCUUUCAACAUUAAAUGGAUUUCAAGCUCAUGUUCCUUCCUACCUUAUGGAGACAAAUCACUGACAAGUAGCAUCUGCACGUCUGUCUGCGUGCUUGAGGGAUUGCUUUCUUGAGCUUUGUGUGGGUCCUCUACGAUCUGAUACUGACCUGU